AUGGAAGCCAUGGAAAGUAGCAUUAACUACUUCUUGGAACUGCAGCAUAACGAUAAGAUGUGUACGAUUCCAUCGAAGGGCGGCUAUUCGAGUGGAGAGCACAACGGACGCAACGGAACGGUAGUGAAGCCCCCAAAAAACUAACUGACCAAGCUACUGGCCAAAAAGGAGAAAAAUCAGUGGGCAAUCACUACAGAAAGACUCUGGAAAAACCUGGAUCUUACCUCCUCUCGUAGUGGAACGGAACGAAUAGGUGAAUCAACACGAAAUACCACGUUUUCACCAAACACAACGUACAGUAGUGACGUGAGUUUAAACGCAACUGAUGCUACAACAAUCGGUCCUCUUCCUGGCACGACAAGCGUAGUAACUAAAGGACCGAUUGGGUCGACUGCUGUUCCCGGCACCGGUACUACCAAGGAAGACCAGCGUACCAGCGUAGAACAUAGCUUCACCAAGGCCACCGUCGAUAUUUGCCCUCCGGUUCCACCAAAUCUUGAGGGGCCAAUCAGUGUGGAUACCACUAACGAACCGCUGAACGUGAUAGAAGAUCGAUACAAAAACAAACUGCAACCCGGUGGACAGUAUGCACCGCCCAAUUGCACGACGCGCAAUCGAGUGGCCAUUAUCGUUCCGUAUCGUGAUCGAGCGCAGCAGUUGCCGGUCUUCCUGAAGAACAUGCACCCGUUUCUCAUGAAACAACAGCUCGAGUAUGGAAUAUACAUCGUUGAGCAGACGCCUGGCGCCACGUUUAACAGAGCUGGUCUUAUGAAUAUCGGCUUCGCCGAGGCUAUGAAGCAGCGGAAGUGGGAGUGUGUGGUGUUUCACGAUAUCGAUCUGUUACCGAUGGAUGACCGUAAUCUCUAUACUUGUCCCGAUCAACCGCGCCACAUGUCCGUGGCGGUAGAUACGCUUGGUUUUAAACUGCCUUACGCCCAAAUCUUUGGUGGUGUUACUGCACUGACCGAGAGCCAGUUCCGAACGGUGAACGGAUAUUCCAACUCCUUUUGGGGCUGGGGAGGUGAAGACGACGACAUGUCAAAUCGAGUGACACAUUUCGGCUACCACAUUACACGUUAUCCUGCUAAUAUCGCACGGUACAAGAUGCUGAGUCACAAGAAGGAUGUACCAAAUCCGAAAAGGUUCAACCUGUUAGCAAAGGGUAAAAUGCGCUACGAUAAGGAUGGGUUAAGCUCGCUGCAAUACCAACUAAAAAAUCUUGAAAAGAAACCUCUUUAUACAUGGAUUCUCACUGAAAUUUCCCCGCAGGGCAGUUGA